AGCACCUCGUCCCCCGCUGCCUGCACAUCAUACCAUAUCAUAAACCGCUACCAUUACUGCCAGCGAGCUAACAACAUACCCUUCAAAAACAGGAUCUUAUAAACGCCCAAGGUGUUGAUGGAGGGGCUACUGAGAGGUGUUUGGGAAGAACACUAUGUUUCCCUGUGUCUCCCCCUGGCCCUCUUCUGAUCCCCCUGCGGCUCUCGGCCAUGCUCCGCCCAUUCCCUCGGUACAGCCACUGCCUGACCUGCUGCGGAGCUGCGUUGUGUUCCCUUCCCCAUCCACGCGCCUGAGCUCUUGCACCAACGAGAUGGAGUCCAUGAUUGUGGUGACGGAGUACGAGCCCAGUGAUGGCUCAGGGCAGGAGGGCGGAGAGGAGGAGGAGGUGGAGGACAUGGACAGCUCGGAAACGCCAGAACCCGCAUCGUCAGGUCCGGUACCGCCCUUCCGUAUGGCCUCCUGUGAUCUCUUGUCCCAUACGUUGGGCCGCCCGGAAGCACUCUUCCCAGAACCUCAGGAGCACAGAGGUAGACUCAGCCUCUCCGACAGGAAGCUGUCUCUACAGGAACGCUCACAGACACUUUCGUCGCCCUGUAGUUCUCCGGGGCUGAACGGACGCUAUAUUUACCCAUCACUGCCCUACUCGCCAAUCACCUCGCCUCACUCGUCUCCACGCCUCCCUCGAAGACCAACCGUGGAGUCUCAUCGGGUGUCCAUCACAGACCUGCAGGACUGUGUGCAGCUCAACCAGUACAAGCUGAAAGAUGAAAUCGGAAAGGGCUCCUAUGGAGUUGUCAAGCUGGCGUACAAUGAAGACGACAACACAUACUAUGCCAUGAAAGUGCUGUCCAAGAAACGACUGAUGAGGCAGGCUGGGUUCCCGCGCAGACCUCCUCCUCGUGGGGCAAGAUUGGCCCCUGAGGGCCCCCCUCAGCCCAAAGGGCCCCUGGAGCGUGUUUACCAGGAGAUAGCCAUCCUCAAGAAGCUUGAUCACCCUAAUGUGGUUAAGCUUGUGGAGGUGCUGGAUGAUCCAAGUGAAGACCAUCUGUACAUGGUAUUCGAGCUUGUCAAACGAGGAGCAGUGAUGGAGGUUCCUGCUGAUAAGCCCCUGGAUGAGGACCAGGCACGCUUCUACUUCCAGGACUUGCUGAGAGGAAUCGAAUAUUUACAUUAUCAGAAAAUCAUCCAUCGGGACAUCAAGCCUUCCAACCUGCUGGUGGGAGAAGAUGGUCACAUUAAGAUUGCCGACUUUGGGGUCAGUAACCAGUUUGAGGGAACGGACGCCCUGCUGACCAGCACAGUGGGAACGCCUGCAUUUCUUGCCCCAGAGACCCUUUCAGAGACCCGCAAGAACUUCUCUGGAAAGGCUCUGGAUGUGUGGGCUAUGGGAGUCACCUUGUACUGUUUCAUCUUUGGAGUGUGUCCUUUUAUGGAUGAGCGUAUUUUGAGCCUCCAUCAGAAGAUCAAGGCCCAACCGGUGGAGCUUCCCGAGAACGCGGACAUAUCAGAUGACUUAAAGGACCUUCUUUUUAAAAUGUUGGACAAGAAUCCCGAAACCAGAAUUACUGUCCCACAAAUCAAGGUGCACCCAUGGGUGACACGGAAUGGCGCUGAGCCCCUCCCCCCUGAGGACGACAACUGCUGCAGUCUAAUAGAAGUGACAGAGGAGGAAGUGGAAAACUCUGUCAAGCACAUCCCCAGCCUGGCCACCGUGAUCUUGGUUAGGACUAUGUUGCGCAAGCGUUCUUUUGGAAACCCGUUUGAUUGGGGCCGCAGGGAAGACAGGAGUCCCACCGCUCCAGGACACAUGCUAUCAAAAGGGAGAGCAGGGAGUUUGAAAUACUGCCGCAAUCUCUGUACCCGCAGGAAACAAGAGAGCGAGGAAGGCGUGCGGAGCAUGGACCUGCCCUUCGUGGGCGAGGAUGAAGUUCUGUCCUGAUAACUGUGGGCAUCUUACUCGAGGGAAAUGCGUCAAGAUGGGGCUGUUGUGGCUUCCGGAAGCCCAGGAUAUGGACCUGGGGCUGGGGCGUUGUUGAUGUGGAGGGUGCCCACCCGUUCAUGCAUGCAUUUGUACAGUCCACAGCAGCAUGCACCGUAUCUGUCCGCCCAGGUCUCUGCUGUCUCUCAGGACCCGUUUUCUGUGCUCUCCUCUCCAGAACGGAGACUCUGCUUUACUCCUCUACUGUAGCUAGGGGGCGCCACUGAAGGCUAAACGGAUGAAAAUUAUUUUUAGAAGUGUACAAUUUCUUAGGUUUGUCCAUAGAUCAUUAAUUAGAGAGACGUUCCGCUUGAUUUCAGUUUUGGAGAUCUGACGUAAAUUUGAAAAUAAUCAUUCAAAAUUAUUUUAAUUUUGAAAAUCUUCUGAAAAAAACAAACAAACAAGUUUGACAAAAUUUGGUGAAAUAAAUUAAUAAACGCCCUUUAAUAAUUAAAAAUCCUCAAAUUUGCACACAAUGUUCUCUAAUACGUCUUUAGGAGAAAUGUAUGAUUUGUUAGGUUGGUCCAUUAACUCAUCGGUUACAGAGACAUGCUGCUUGAUUGCAGUUUUACAGAUCUCUUAUUAGAUUAUUAGAACUAAAAGAAAAAUAGCUUGGAGUUUAAUAAUAAUUUCAACUUGAAAAUCUAAAAAAAUCUGGUUUGUUUGAUCAAAGAUAAAAUUUGAAAAUAAUAAUAAAAACAUAAAUAAAAAAAAUUUCAAUUUUUGUAAGUUUUAAAUGAGUUUUUAAUAAUUCAAAUUUGCAGCCUGGAAAUAUGUAUAAAUACAGUAAGGAGACACUUCAGGUGCGAUUUAAAGAAAAUACAGAUAUGUUUGUAUGUGUGUGUUUGUUUAUAUAUCAAAUCACACCGCUUUGUGUUUGUAUUAUAAUGUCUGCGCUGUAGACAGUGAACAGGACCACAAAUGGACUUUUUUUUUUAAUACAACAAAGUCCAAAUCCAAGAGAUCAGAGUAUUAUGCAUAGCAUGUUUUUGAAUAGUAGUUGAAUUAUUUAUUCAAUAGGCGCUAAUAACAUCUAGAUAGUGCCACUAUAGGCAUCGUGACCAUUCUUCUCCUUGUAUGUAAAGUAACGUGACCCUUUUAAUCAUGAAGGUAACAGUAUCUUUUGCUUCCUCUGUAGAAUUACCAAAAUGCCACAUAGUAGUGCAUUCCCGACUUUGUCGUGAUCAGAGUGAAUUAGUCAUUUCUAUACUCUAACGUUCUUGAGGAAAUACAAUAACUUUGUGCAAUCUAUGCAUGACUUUUCACUUAAAGGAAUCAAUGUUUGUCAGUCUGUUUUGACACAAAUGUAUGCCUUACAUUUUCAUACUCAUAACUGUAGCAUAGAUCAUCAGUACAUGUGCAGAGUCUUUUUUUUUGGUACAAUAGAAUUGUAGAAUUUUAGAUAAGUGUAGAAAUAUAGUAACUUGCUUAAGCUCAGUUUUAAAGUUAGCAAAAAUAGUCCAAAGCCCUGUUGAGAUUUUCUCAAUGUGCACUAUGGUCAUGUAUCUCAUGUGUUGAUUAUUUUUCUAUGAUCGUUUUAGCUGUAGUUUCAAAAUGUCUGAGUGAUGGUGCUUUUCCACCACUGAAAUUUAUAACAUAGUUCAUGCUUCCAUGUAUCAGGGGAUCGUUUCUGCACAAGUAGGUUGAAUGUAUGUUGUUGGUUUAACUUGUAACUAAAGUAAACUCUAUACCUUUUUUUUCGUCAACAUUUUUCCCCCUGCAUGUUAAACAUUGCUGUUUUAUAGUACUAUUUUUUUCCCCUCUCUCUUGUAGAGAUUUAUUUUUGUGUAGGUACUAUUACUAUGCAUAAGAAAUCUCACAUUGUGGUGCAGUUCUGGACAGAGUCGCUCGGUUGGUCCUUUGUGUUUGUUCUAUUGGAUGUUGAUUAUUUAAAAUUGAAGGAAACUUGUAAUAUUGAGUCAAAUAUGCAUGUACAUUGACAAACCCAAGCUGGCUAUACAAUACCACUGUAUGUAAGUGGACAUUUGCUGAACAGAUUUUGAUGACCUUUUAAAGGUGCUUUGUGGACAUAUUUUGUCAUAAAAAAUGUGAUGCGUUUAGAGAUUUAGGAAACAUUCUAAGUUCCAAUACUUGUUUCUCAGAAAAACAACUUUAUAAUACUUUGACAAUGCCUGUUUUUGUUUUUGGUCUGUGUGACCCCGCCUACUUCCAAUUCACCUAAUAAUAUUUAGACACUCCGGGUUGCCAGUUGCCGGAAAACAGAAUUUCGCAGCCAUGGAAGCCAGCAAACGAACAGGGUCAGAGGUUGUAGAUUCUUCUCGACCUAAAAAAAACCUCAUUGGAAAUAAAACUUUGCAAACGUGUACAUUAGGGCAACUUACAUUUCCAUUGUCAACUCCACUCGUUUCUGUUGCAUGUCCUCAAUCUGGCAACCUGCGUGAGUGUAGAGUCUGAAGAGGAUGGGACGGGGGAACAACUUUCCAUAUUAUGAAUUUGGACUGUAGUACCCAUUUCGACCACUAGCUUUCAAUAUUACAUACUGCACCUUUAAAUAAAUAAUAUAUUCAGGACCAUAGAAGCACCGUUCCCAGAUUAAAUAUUUAUAUAGAAAAUCUAAAUGUAUAUAUAGAGAGAGAUGUAUCUUUGCACAUUAGAAUGUUAUCAUAAUUCAAAUGAUGCAUGUUAAUUGAAAACUUUAAAUGAAGGCUUCUGCAACCAUGUUUUCUUCCGGAUGAUCAAAACUAGGAGCAAAAUUAACCAGCUGAAAUCAUCUUUCAGUUUCCAAUUAAUAGCCAUUUUCUCAGAGACUGACCAUGUGAACGGUACUUUGAAUUGAUUGAUUGUAGAGGUGUAUAUUGAAGAGAAUGCUGUACUGUAUAUUUCUAACCUCUCAAUAUAAUUCCUCACUGUAUCUGCCCAGUAUUUCUUGAAGGGCUAGGGUCAAUGUUUGCAUCCAUAUCACAAAAGAGAUUGCGUUUUGAGCACUUUUGAGAGGGCUGUUUACAUGUUACAAAAAUGCAUGCCGUCAUAUUCACACAGUUUCAUUUCGAAGCAUGUUUGAGCUCUUUACAGCAUCCUCUGAUCUCAUUACUGAUAAUUCUAUAUAUUGUAUCUGGUUGAUUAUUUGAAUAAAUUGAAGUUGCCUUUA